CUCUAAAUCUAUGUAUCAAAAUUAUUUUGAGUUUUAUGUUUUUUGUUGGCACUUCAGAAACAUGAGAUACGACAGAGUUUGUUGUCAUUGACCGGCGAGAGACUACAUUUCGAAGCAAUAAACUCCGCAAUUCGAUCAUCGAUUAGUACCGUCCGACAGCAUAGAACAAAGAACCAAGAGGAAUAUUCUGAGAAAACACAAUGGCCACGGUGGGGGAGAUUCCGUGUUUUUCCCCACAUGCCGAUGCACGUCCUUUUUGUUCGCGCCUGGCAUCGUGUUGCAGCAGAUGUCGGCGGCAGGAUAGACCCGAGUCGUCGUCCUUCUGGAAAAGGAACAAUCCGACGUUGCAGCURCUAACUACUCCUUGGGAAUACUUCGUCACGAUCGACCAGUCGGCUCUGUGGCAGAAACACAUCGCCUGGGCCAAACCAAGGGGGAGCGAUCUCAAGGCCUACAUCUCGUCGCAGUAUUCCUCCCGAAUGGUCCUCCUUUCGCUGCUUCUGGCCACAGAAAUGAGCGUCUUUUUCAAUUCUUCGCCCGAACUCGUCAACUUAAGACAGCGAUUGUCACUCUUCAAUGACGGCCACGACAGCAACUACAUGGGGCAGCAGCAACUASUACGCAGCUUUCUUCCCUUUUGGAUAGGAUUCGUCUUGUUGCUGAACAUUUGUGUAACCAUCUCGGGGAUACUAGCCACAUUUACCACCUGGAAUGUGGUGUCGGCUAUAUCGGACUCAAAUGCUCAUUGUUUGCUGCGGAGUUCCCUGGGGCAAUACGUGACGACUUUGUCGCCUAGGUUGUUUGUGGCCUCGCUCUACAUGUUUUUGUUGUGGUUUCUGCUCUUUGUGACACAACUAAUCGUCGGGGGGGGCAACGGCAGCGACGAUGUCUUUUUUGACAGCGAGAAUGCUKCCGAAUCCAUUCGACAAUUUUUCAAGAGGCACUUGCACCUCAUCCUUUUGUGGGUAUGCGUUUUGUUCGGGAUAGUCACCCUGUUUUUUAGCAUCGUGGUUCCGCUUUCGGCGUUUGGCAGGCUGGUACUGCACACGGGUGCCAUGGGCGAAAAGAAUGUGCUGUCAGAGUCCCUGCAACUGGAUUUGCUGCCUCRUGGCCUUCACGCAGGCCUCGUCAUUCGGGCGCACCAUUCCCAGCGACGGAACACCGCCGUGACGAACCAGUACAACCGAUCACGCAAGCGGCAGCGGCGGAUGCAGCCAUCAGCACAWCACCAGCKYAGCCAAAACCACAACAAUGAUAGCUGCGAUCGCGAACACCAACAAAGSCGAUCGAAUAUCGCUUCGCCAAUAGGCCUUKUCCACGGUGKCGAGGGGGAGCCAUCGAAGGAUGAUGGCUGGGRGAAUCCAAAGCAUCGCAUCGAAAACGGCAACGGCAARGUGAACGGAAACACUUUUUAUGAGGGUGUCCAUGAGAGCGAACACAGUAAUCACGACGGAACGACUUCUUCGGUGAUAUUCAAAGGACUCGAACCCGAAAUGGAAUUGUCGUUGGAGACACCUGCUGUUUCUGAUUCCAACUCUGGCUCGAAACACGACCGUGUCGAAGACUGUGAUUCAUUUUCUCGCCACUACGAGGAACUUGGUGCAAAUCGUAGCAAAGCAAGGACGAGGGCAACGGACGUGGGCGGUAAUCUGUUUGUUUUCGACAGACCAGAGGACGAUACGAGAGAGAGGCCKGAUUUUCUGCCGCGUGACAAAMCUCACGGACGCUCGAGACGGCACCAGAGAACAUUGACCAUGGAGACGACAACCUCGCUUUUUCUACCACCCGCAACGAUUUUGAACCUGUCCAUGACGGCCAAUGAAUUCAACGAGCUGAUCGAUAGCGCUAUGGAUACYAGCUCGCUGUGCUAUACAAACUCAGAAACACCUGCCAACAAAACCAGAACCACCASUGGUCGAGAAAAAGGGGAAAAUCAUGGCAACGAACCAGAUCGCUUGGCGACAGCCGRCAACCGAUCGGAACGAAAGGAGAAGGGGCGGGGAGCCGCGGGUGCCUUUGAAUCACAAAGAUUCGAGAGCAAUCGCGGCGGURCUUCGGAGGGGGAGCCCCACGCAACAASCGCUGAGGAGAGCGCCGGCGUCCGGGCGUCGCCCUUUCCCGUGUCCACCAGUGGCACGAGCCCCCGCCCCCACCGAGAGAGGCAGCAGCAGGCGUUCGUGACCCGGCACCACCGCAGGGUCAGCUCCUCCCGCUUUUUGCUGCACGAGUGGAAGGAGGAACACAGCGUGCGGGGCACGUACGGCGCGGCGCCACCGGCCGACCUCCCGGAGGAGAUUGCGUGGGAGACCGAGGCCGCGAAAGGGCGAUCCGGUCCGGCCGGCGGUGGGGGAAGCGGCCACCGCAUUCCUUCUGCCUCGAACCGGGGGCGCUCCCUGGGGGAUUGGCUGCUGUCUCCCUUUUCUUCUCCAUUGGGAAACUGCCACGGCAGCGAUCGCAGAACGGGCCCCGGCUCGUUCUCGCACCAACGCCGGGGAGGGGCCGAGGGCGGUGCAACGCAGGGCCCUUUCUCCCGGGGCCUCCCGAGCGAGCCACUGCUUCCCGAUCUCGACACGGACGGAAACGGGAGCGGAGACUGCGACGAGGAAACGGGGGGUUUGCUCUGAGUGUCCGGGAUGGAAUCCAAACGCCAUCCGCGGCCGCGCACACACCGAAGCUUCGACGCCAGGAUCGUUCCGUCGCAGCAUCAUGCUGCAACAGCGAGCGAAUCGCCGUCGAAACCGAAGAAAAAGAGAGGCCGAGAUCCUAACAGUAAAAACGUGAAGUGCCGGCACUCCUACCAUGAAUUGCGUCACGGAAGACGAUUUGAUGAAGCCCCGAAAGGCGUUCACUUUUCUAACUAGGUAACACAAGACGGUGCGAUCGCAUCGGAAACAGGUACCGUACUGUAUUCGUUUCGUUCGGUUCGGCCGUUUAGGUAUAGUUGUGAAUCGGCGCAAGAUUUUCAUUCGUUUGGAUCCUUCGUGAAGAAUCGAUUCUACGAAUCCAUUUCUUCUCGGGACCGAAUCAGAUCUCACCGUAGCAUGUGUUUUUAUGACCAAUCCGCGAGUGCGUAUGCGCACCUCCUCUGCUUGUUCACUCGCACAUACGGAUAAGUACGGUACGUACCAUAUCGUAGUUCGAUACUCUGUGAAAAAUAGCAAUAGCACAGAUGACGAUGCACCCUAAAAACCAAAAAGUUCAAUACCUGGAAAACGCACCAACGCUACGCUAGGGUUUUGUUUUCAACGCAACGUUUCUCCCACAGCACGUUUCGCCCGGUACAAGUGGUACGGUAGUAUGCGUACGUACAGUUUGCGAUGCCGCCGUUUCUGCGAGCRCAGGGGCGGAGAAGAAGUAAUGAUUUCUGAUGACCGAGUUAGUGUGUGUGUGUGUGUAUUGUGUGUUGUGUGUGGGUCCGUUCCAAAAAAAUUCUCGCUGCGUAUCUCUCUCGAAUCUCGAUCCGAGCAAGAACCCCAUCGUUUGGCAGUGCAGGGUUGCAACCCUCCGAUACAUUGUCGCUACAGAGUCGGCUACGGUGCAGGAUCUCCCAUCGCUUUCCAUCUAUUACUAUUGUAGAUUGUCGGACACGGAUCGGUUGGAGCAAGAGAGAAGRAACUUGGAUCGAGGCAAGAAGCAGCAAGCAACGAGUCAAGGUUUGGAAUCGAGUCGAGUCGAGUCGAGUCAAAUCGAAGCGAAGCGAAACGAAACGAAACAAAUCGAUCCGUUCGAUUGGUGCGCCACCCAUCUCUCCCCUGCAAUCCGAUAGAGCACGACACCACGCAGUUGGCACGAUACGCAACGCGGGACUCUCGAGAAUGCCUCCCUCCGGCGUGCUGGUAGCGCUCUGCCCAGCGGAGUACAGCGGCAACAACGGCAGCAACAACAACAACGGAAACGGAAGCAGCGCGACGGGCGCCUCCGGUGCCCUCUCUCCAAAACCCCCCGCUGCUGCUGCAGCUGCGGCUGUCGCUGCAGAACCGGCAACGGAGAAGGACGCGACGGUGUGUCCCCCUCCGCGGCAGCCRCCGGCGCCGCUCUCGUCCCUGUCKUCCUUCGCCCCGCUGUCUCCCUCCCACCGGUACUCGGCCCGGGUUGCCAUGGAACGCAUCGCUCCCUUUCUCGAGAUGGAAGAAGAUUCCGGGAGCGACGACGACGAAGAAGACGACGAAGACGACGCCUUGCUGCAAGACGUCGUGCUAGAAGACAUAGCACUGGACGACGAAGAAGGCGAAGCAMGCAACUGCCAGAUUGUCAAUCRCGACACCACUACGAAUCCAGCUGCUUCUCUCMUUGGAAAUCAGACAUUGCCACUGCCGCCCGGAAAAGGAGCGAAGCAACAAGACGACAACGGGAACGGGAACGUCGACCACGAGACCAACUCCCCCAACUACGACAAGGGAUCUUGGAUGCCCUUCUCCCACCCGCUCAAAACAGCACCGCGAGACGGCUUGCCCUGGAAGGCGCCGAGAAACAACGCCUGUUGCUCACCCGGAAGCUGCGGCAGAAACCACGACGACGGGUUCGGGGAUAGCAGCAUCAAGAGCUGCGGAAAGCGACAGAGGACUCACCGCCGGGUUACCUUCCCGUCCGGACCCAUUCCGUUCGCAAGGCCUUCGUCUUCGUCUUCGUCUCCGACAAACGACGACGACAACAACACCUGCGAUGCUUCGGGGCAGCCCAACAAGUUCCCAAACCGCAAUCCACAGGGGAACAGCAAGGACAACAACCACUACAACUACAACUACAACUACAGCAACAAAACCAUCAGCAGCAACCCUCUUGUUCGCGUUCGCGACACCAUACACAGAUCGGAAUUUACAAACGAGGAACGCCUUGCAACAUGGUACACGUUUGACGACCUCAGGUCCUUCAAGCGAGACCGAAAGGAUACGGCGCGGAUGAUCGACAACGGAGUGCUCUCRCUGCCGUUUUCUCCCUACGAGCCAAUGURUCCGACGAACAAACCGGCCGGGAAAGAGGAAAAGGAGAACAAGGGCGAAACGGGCGAUGCCUCGUCGCUGGCCAAGCCGGGGGAAACGCUUGGUCAUUGUGCCCGGGGAUGCGAGAACUGCACGGAAGCCAUCGGCAGAACGCGCUACCGCCGGAUCGCCGAGGGAUGGAGGGCCGUCCUGAACGCCCAGAAGAAACACCGGUACGAGCAGCAAAAGAUGAAGGCCAUGACGUCGGCCGAGCAGAACCAGUUCCGAACGCUGGCGUCCCUCUUCGGAAGCGGGAGCAAGCGCCCCCCGCGGGCGGACCACCGGACCAACGMGCACGGUUCCGAAACCCUUUGCUGCCCCCACGCGCUCGCGGAAGCCUACAAGCCCGCGUCGAUGGCGAGCCUCGACAUUGCCUGGAGCCGGGCGAUCGGCGACGAGCGAGAGGCCGCGAAACUAAAGAAGCCUGGGUUGCCGGAGCRCCAACACGACCCCCCACCAUCGCGGGAGCAGCCGGUGGAGCCGAAGGCGGGGAGAGAUCCGGCGCAGCAAAACCGGACCGACGGAACCGCAUCGAUCGCAGCUGCCACCGGGCCAGCGGGUGGUGACAGUGGCUGCCGCACCGGAAAUGGAAAUGCGAGUGGAGGCGAUCCSUGUGCCCCUCCGACAAGCCCCCGCGCGGGAGAAGGGGUUGCCGGCGAGGAACACGAGGCGACGCCGGUGGCCGUGCCAGUGGCCGUGCCAAUGGCAACGCAGUGAGCGGGGGAGCGGGCUGCACCGGGUCGUUCGAGGAGAAGCCCGCGCGGCUGCGAUGCGGCCCGUGGCAUGGCAAUGAACGUUGCGGCACCGAAAAAMCAAUGCGCCACACCAUACGGGGCAGCAGCAACAAAAGACAAACAAAAAC